AAAUGAUAAGGAGACAAGUAGGUGAGUCAGCCCAUAAAGCAAAACCAAGGACAAAAACGGCAAACUAUAAAUUAUACCCUUUUUUGUCUUUUACCUUCUCUCAGUUCCAUAUACCCAAUAGUCGCAACCAAUGACAACUCACACAACGUCUUAACUCUCUGUAUUUUUCCCAUUUUACCCUUUUUAUUACCCACAAUUCUCAGCUAAGCCCAUUUUUCUCCGCGACCCGCCGCCGCAAACCAACGGAGGAGGAGGCGGAAGAGAAAGAAAAAAACAAUGGAAUCGUCUCCGGUCAACCGUCUUCCACCGGAUUCUCUCCACCAGAUCUUCUCUUCUCUUCCUCUCCGUGAUAUCAUGAUCUGCAGAUCCGUUUGUAAGUUCUUUAACCAGAUUCUAACAUCUCAGUGCUUUAUAGAGAUCAUCUCAACUCGUCCGCCGUUGAAUCUACUCGCUCUCCGUCCUCCUCAUCACCACCACCACCACAGCCACCGUCACAUCGGCGUAAACGGACUCCACAGCCACCGUCACAUCCACGUAUACGAUCCGGAACAGAAUCAAUGGUUCAGAUUCAAUCUCGAUUUCCUCCCUUUCCGAUCUCCUCAGCCUGUAGCUUCUUCAAGCGGAUUGAUCUACCUUUGGGGUGACUCCAUUGAUUUAUCUGAAUCUAGCAAAUCUCUAGUCGCUUGUAAUCCUUUAACUCGUCAGUUCAAAGUUUUGCCUCAGCUUGGCUCAGCUUGGUCACGUCACGGAACUGUUCUUGUUGAUUCUGUUAAUAGAGUCAUGGUCCUCACUGAGCUAGCUGCUUUGUAUUACUCAGGUGCUGUGAUUGCUAACCAAUGGCUUAAGUUCUCAUCUAACUUACCGUCGAAACCUAGAUCCCCUGUUUUGAUGUCUAGCUCUGUUUUCGCAUUGUGUGAUGUUGGAUCACCAUGGAGGAGUCAAUGGAAGCUUUUCUCUUGUAAACUGACGAACCUAACAGUCACUCAUACGAAUUGGGUUUGCUUGGAGAAGCAUGAGUGGGGUGAUAUAUUCGAUAUCAUUAAACGACCGCGUUUGUUGCGCGGCGACGGUGACUCUAAGCUUCUGAUGAUUGGUGGUUUGAAGUCGACGUUUUCGUUGAACCCGGCUUGUUCGACGAUUCUUAUACUUAGGCUUGAUUUAGAGAGUUUGGAAUGGGAAGAAGCUGGUAGGAUGCCUUUAGAGAUGUACCGUGGGUUUCAAGAAUCGAGUAAGUUUAAAGUUUUUGGAGGUGGUGAUAGGGUUUACUUCUCUGCUAAAAGGAUGGGGAAGCUUGCUAUGUGGGAUUGUUGGGAUGGUUGGAGAUGGAUUGAGGGUGUCCCUGGUUAUGCUGAUGGCUUGUGUCGAGGGUUUGUGUUUGAUGCUAAGCUUACAUUGAUGCCAUGACACAAGACAAACAAAAAAACUAAAGGUCCGUUUUGUGUUCGUUGCGCGUUACAUAGAAACCUUUAUCUAUCUCUCUCUCUCUCUCUCUGUUUAUGAUUGUUUGCUGAUUUCUAUAAUGAUUGUUUCUGCUUCUUUGUUGUUGAUGAGAUGUUCUUAAGCUGUGUUUCUGUUGUAUCUCGAUGUGCUUUGUUGUUCUUUUCUUGUAAUCCAGAAUUUGGUCAAAACUGUUAAAAUGGAAUGUGCUAUGGUUAUUCUAGUCUUGCUUUGUGA